AUGAGCGUCGCUCGGACAGUGUCGAUCCGCUCCGUUCGGGACGCUGUGUCGUUGCCGCUUGCAGCUCGCAACGUGCACGCCCAAGUGGCUGUUCCAGCGUUUGUGCGUAGCAAGCACACAGGUCCAGUGGCAAAUGGCCUUUUCCGCCAGGUGCGUGCUGCCUUGCGCCCAUGCGGAGCUGCCUCCGCUGGUCCCGUGCGCACGUACGCCGCUGAGGCCGGUGGCAAGUAUGUGCGUUCCAAGCCACACAUGAACAUUGGCACUAUUGGUCACGUCGACCACGGAAAGACGACGCUCACAGCUGCCAUCACCAAGGUGCUGCAUGAAAACUCUGGUGAGGGCAAGUUUGUGGACUAUGCAUCGAUCGACAAGGCACCGGAAGAAAAGGAACGUGGUAUUACCAUCUCGACAGCCCACGUCGAGUACGAGACGCCCAACCGUCACUACGCCCACGUCGACUGCCCUGGCCACGCUGACUAUAUCCGUAACAUGAUCACGGGUGCUGCGCAGAUGGACGGUGCGAUUAUCGUCGUGUCGGCUACGGAUGGUCAGAUGCCUCAGACGCGCGAGCACUUGCUCCUUGCGCGUCAGGUUGGUAUCAAGAAGCUUGUCGUGUUCGUGAACAAGGUUGACCAGGUCGACGACAAGGAAAUGCUCGAGCUCGUGGACAUGGAGAUGCGUGAACUUCUUUCGACGUACGGCUUCGACGGUGACAACACGCCCAUUGUGUCUGGCUCGGCACUUGCUGCACUGGAAGGUCGCGACGACGAGAUCGGCAAGGGCGCGAUUCUCAAGCUUAUGGAAGAGACGGAUGCUUGGCUCGACCUGCCGCCGCGUGAUCUCGACAAGCCGUUCCUGAUGCCUGUUGAAGAUGUCUUCUCCAUCUCUGGUCGUGGUACUGUGGUGACGGGACGUGUGGAACGUGGUACCAUCACGAAGGGCUCGGAAAUUGAAAUCAUUGGUCUCGGUGGUCAUCUAAAGACGACCCUCACCGGCAUUGAAAUGUUCCACAAGGAGCUCGACCGUGGUGAGGCUGGUGACAACAUGGGUGCUCUGCUGCGUGGCGUCAAGCGUGAGCAGGUACGUCGUGGUCAGGUCGUGAUUGCCCCUGGCACUGUCAAGCCUGUGAAGAAGUUCCAGGCCCAGAUCUACAUCCUUACGAAGGAAGAGGGCGGUCGCUACACGCCUUUCAUGAACAAUUACCGCCCGCAGCUGUUCAUCCGCACCUCGGAUGUGACUGUGUCACUCACGCACCCGCCUGGCACCGAGAAUGCUGACGAAGCCAUGGUCAUGCCUGGUGACAAUGUCGAGCUUGUCUGUGACCUUGUGCAUGACAUUGCUCUGGAGCAGGGCUCUCGCUUCACACUUCGUGAGGGUGGCAAGACCGUCGGCACGGGUAUCGUGACCAAGAUCCUCGGCUAA